AUGUCAGUGGAACUGCAGAAAUUUGCAUCGGGAAGCGUUGAUGUGGCCCUGGGAGUCAGUUUCCUCUCCAAGACAGGAGUAGGUAUCCUGGGGAACUCUCUCCUCAUCACCUACUACCUCACUUCGUUCCUCCUGGGUUCCAAACUGAUGCCCACAGACCUGACCAUCGUCCACCUGGCCACGGUCCACACCGUGAUGCUUCUUACAAGGUGGAUCGUCAUGGCAUCAGGGAUGUUGGGGCUGCAUCUUGUCCAGAAUGAUGCUGAGUGUAAGCUCUUCACCUAUGUCUACCGCAUCACCCGGGCCCUCUCCAUCUGCACCACUGCCCUCCUGAGUGUGGUCCAGGCCAUCACCAUCAGUCCUAGCAACUCCUAUCUGUUCCAGCUCAAGGUUCAGAUCCCAAAUGACAUCCUCCCGGUCUUAGCCAUCUUGUGGAUUCCCAACUCGCUGAUAAGCACCAACCUUCUGUUUCAAAUGUUUGCCUCUUCCAAUACAACCAACAUGGAUGCCAACUGUUAUUUGGUACCUAUAAACACACUCCUCCAGGGGCUGAUUCUCACCUUCAUGGCUCUCCGCGACAUCCUCUCCCUGGGGCUCAUGAGCUGCUGCAGUGGGUACAUGGUCCUUCUCCUGCACCGACAUGGGCAGCAGGUCCAGCAUCUUCACAGUCCCAGCCAAGUCCCCAAAACAUUGCCAGAGAAACGAGCCACCCAGACCAUUGUGCUGCUGGUGAGCUGCUUUGUAGUCUUUUACUGUGGAGACCUUGUCUUAUCCCUGUUUCUAGGGUCAUCCAUGAAAAAUAAUGCUGCCCUCCUGAAUGCAGCCAUGUUUGUGCCUAGUGGAUAUGCCACUAUCAGCCCCUUUGUGUUGCUCACCUGUGACAGAAGGGUCAUUAAGUUCCUAACUAAUUUUCUGGGGAAUAGGAUCAUCAAAUCACCUCAGAAAACAAUGUUAUCUGCCAGACCUCUUUGA